UUGUAUUUAAUUGGCUGAGGUAAUGCUGGGUAUAUGAUUGGAGUAGUUUUUGUGUUCUUUCUAUUGGUUGGGUCGAGUGUAGUCGGCAGAACCAAUGGGGUGGCGGCGUGUAUACUAUUUAAGGACUUUUAUUGUGACAGUUAGAGAGUUCGCUGGUGUGGGAUGCUUCUCGUUCUCCCUGGCAUUUCCGGAUCCUGGUGCUGUUUCUCUCCCGGCUAAUUUAGAGUGCGGCUGGUGGCGUUGUUGUGAACGAUCGUGGCGGAGUUCGCUGGCAGUUAUCGCUGCAAAGAUCGCCGGACAAAUUCAGAUUGACAAAUUCUGUUAAAUUGAGCUGCUGCUGCGAUCUGUGAGUAGUCAAUACAGCUGUGCGUCUAGCGUUUAAAACAAAUCGGGUAAAUGGAGAACAUGAUUGAAUUAAACCCUUAUUCCCAAUGAACGCUUUUAUGACAUCGUUGCUGUUUUGCUCUUGUGCAUGAAUGCUCUGUGAGUGGGCAUAUGUUACGGGUCUCCGCAGCAUUUGCCGUUCGACCACCCCCGAGGGUGGUGUCAAAUUACUUCAGCUGGACUUUCUUAGUGGCGUGGCCCUCUUUUUGUGUAAUGUUGUGUAUUUCAUUUAUAUUAGUUUGUCUGUGAUUUGUAUACUUGGUGUGUGGUAUGGUUUGAUUUACUUUCUAAUUUUCUUUACCAUGAUUUGUGUAUUGUGAGUUGUCCCGUGUUGUUUCAGUGUUUUAUAGGCAUUGACCCACUGAUUGUUGUCUGGGGUUAAAGUGCCAAUUGUUGUCCCCGCAUUUGUAUGUGUGAUUGGAUUAUUUAUAGUGUGUAAAAUUGAUAUUUUGUUUCUUUUUUUUCUUUAAGGGCCUACACGGACUCGUGUGGAGCAGGGGGGCUUGCUGCUUCCAGGGAGUGGCGUAGUUCACGGUGUGCUGUGUAGUGACAUAUGUUCCUGGGGUGUGCAGGGAAAUUGCUGUGGUGUGAAUUGGGGUGCAUCUAGACAACCUCCAUGGUUGCAGUGGGCCUGCCCUGUUCCCACUGAUCCUGGCCCUAGAGUUUCAUUAAUUGUUGGGGAGCAAAACAGCAGCGUGUGUUGGCUUUUGGACAAGCUGCACUCCUUGGUCGGUGUCCCCUUAUUGUUUUGUUAGGGUGAGUAAUUAUGACCAACAUAGAGGAAGAGAUGCAGGAGUUGCGAGAAUUAGUGGCACAGUUGCGUGCUGAUGAUGACCGGUUACGUUCUGAGCGAGAGCCCGGUGAGUCACCUGGGCCUAGUGUUGCUCCGUCUGUUGUUCCCGCAGUCAUGUCUGAUCCUCCCCAGCCAGUGGCAAGUGACAGUGUGGUGCCGGACCGGUUUGUGAUGGUGCCCAGAGAUAGGCGGUGCCCAAAAUUUUGUGGCAAAUCCGGUACCGGUAUCGAUGAGUGGGUGGAGGAGGCUGAGGCAUGUAUGCGGGCUCGUUAUAUGUCCAAUGUUGAUAAAGCGUUUUUCCUUUUUGACCAUCUGGAGGGUGAAGCGCGUGAGGAGAUUAGACAUCGUUCUAGUGGGGAACGAGGUGACCCAGAACAAAUUAUAUCGAUUCUACGCGAGCUGUAUGGCUGCUCUCAAUCGUAUGUAGCACUCCAAGAAGCGUUUUUCUCCAGGAGACAGCAAGACGGGGAAUCCCUUUUAGAGUUUUCCCUUGCCUUGAUGACCCUCCUGGGGAAGGUUAAACAACAAUCACCUAAUGCUAUUCCUAAUUCUGAAAUUGUGUUGCGCGACCAGUUCGUCGAGUAUGUGGCUGAUAGCGCUCUUCGCCGGGAACUGAAGCAGCUUGUGCGCCGCCAGCCCGCCUCUACUCUUUUGGAGGUACGUGGGGAAGCGAUUAGGUGGGAGCGGGAGGGAAUGCCAGGGGGUGCGAGAGGUAGGAGUCAGUUCGUCCCAAUGACAUAUGGUAUUCAGUACGGGGUGCAAGGGCAGUCUCAGUCAGAGUUAAAGGAGCUGCGUGAGAUGUUAAAGUUACAGCAGCAACAAUUAGAUCAGCUCACUCAGAGUAUUGCUGGCCUCCGGCCGUUUCAGCCGGUUCGUCGGCCUUCCCGUACUGAGGGCUUAAUUUGUCGUCGCUGCCAAAGGCCUGGCCAUUUUGCCCGUGAAUGUGAUGGCGAACGAGUUAUCCCUUCUCGGGUUCGGCAUGAGUCUCCAUCUAUGAGGGGGGCCUUUUCUCAGCCACCGGAAAACUAGAUCCCGCCGAACUGCAGAGUCACAGUUCGGUGGGUAUAGAGCAUGACUCAGUGACGUUAAGUUCCGCACCGCAUUUAAUUGCAUCAUGUCCCCACCUGGUGGUUAAUAUG